UUCCUUAGCUGUCGACCUGAGCAUCGAUUGCCGAACUCCGCCUAGUGCUGAUGCAACCCACACAUUGACAGUUUCAUCCGGCGUCGACACGUUGUGGACCAUUCAAGCUCUGCACCAUGGGAGAGCAGCUCAGCCCAGAUGAGAAGUUUGAGCUCAUCACCAGGAACCUGCAGGAGGUGCUCGGCGAGGACAAGUUGAAGCAGGUCCUGCAGGAGCGAGAGCUGAAGGUGUACUGGGGCACGGCGACCACAGGCAAACCCCACGUGGCGUACUUCGUCCCCAUGUCCAAGAUCGCCGACUUCCUCAAGGCCGGCUGUGAGGUGACCAUCUUGUUCGCCGACCUGCACGCCUACCUGGACAACAUGAAGGCGCCGUGGGAGCUGCUGGCGCUGCGGACGCAGUACUACGAGCAGGUCAUCAAGGCCAUGCUGGAGAGCAUCGGAGUCCCGCUCGACAAGCUCAAGUUCGUCAAGGGAACCGACUUCCAGCUCAGCAGGGAGUACACUCUGGACGUGUACCGUCUCUCCUCCAUGGUCACGGAGCACGAUGCCAAGAAGGCCGGAGCCGAGGUGGUCAAGCAGGUGGAGCACCCGCUACUGAGUGGCCUCUUGUACCCAGGACUGCAGGCCCUUGAUGAGGAGUACCUGAAGGUGGACGCUCAGUUUGGCGGAGUCGAUCAGAGGAAGAUCUUCUGUCUGGCAGAGAAGUACCUGCCGUCGCUGGGCUACACCAAGCGCGUCCACAUGAUGAACCCCAUGGUGCCGGGCCUCACCGGGGCCAAGAUGAGCUCCUCCGAAGAGGAGUCCAAGAUUGACCUGCUGGACAGGAAGGAGGAGGUGAAGAAGAAGCUGAAGAAGGCGUUCUGUGAGCCGGGCAACAUCGAGAACAACGGCGUCCUGUCCUUCGUCAAGCACGUGGUGUUCCCCCUCCACUCAGAGUUCGUCAUCAAGAGGGACCCCAAGUGGGGCGGAGACCAGGUGUACACCGAGUUUGAGGAGGUGCAGAAGGACUUCGCUGCCGAGACAAUCCACCCCGGUGACCUGAAGGCGUCGGUGGAGGCGGCGCUGAACAAGCUGCUGGACCCGAUCAGGAAGAAGUUUGAGUCUCCUGAGCUCCGCAAACUCUCCAGCACAGCCUACCCAGCGCCCUCUAAACACAAAGCUAAAGGCGGUAAAGGAGGCGGAGGAGGAGGAGGAGGAGGAGGAGGAGCGGCAGGGGAGGAAGACGAGGUCAUUCCCUCCAAACUGGACAUCAGAGUGGGCCGAAUUAUCAGUGUGGAGAAGCACCCUGACGCAGACUCGCUGUACCUGGAGAAGAUUGACGUGGGGGAGGCGGAGCCAAGGACAGUUGUAAGCGGCCUGGUGGCCUACAUUUCCCAGGAGGCCUUGCAGGAUCGACUGGUUGUGUUGCUAUGCAACCUGAAGCCCCAGAAGAUGAGGGGGAUUGAGUCUCAGGCCAUGCUGCUCUGUGCCUCUGUUGAGGGCGAGCCCAGGAGGGUGGAGCCUCUUGACCCCCCCGAGGGGUCGUCUCCAGGGGAACGGGUGUUUGUGGAGGGCUACGAGUCAGGCGCACCUGAGGACGAGUUGAAACCCAAGAAGAAGAUGUUCGAGAAAAUACAGGUGGACCUGAAGAUCUCAGGUACUUGCGUGGCUCAGUGGAAAGAAAAGGACCUGAUGACCAAACUGGGACAGAUCACCUGCAGAACCCUCAAGGGUGGAAACAUCAGCUAGACACACACACACACACACACACACACACACACACACACACACACA